AGUGUGACGAAUAUAUUUCUGGUGAACCUGUCGGCUGCAGACCUGCUGGUGACGGGGAUCUGCAUGCCCAUCCAGCUCAGCAAAGCCAUCACCCUCGUCUGGUUCUACGGGGAGACAGUCUGCAAGAUUGUUAAUUAUAUUCAAGGAGUGGCAGUAGCAGCCAGUGUGUUCACGAUAACAGCUAUGUCAGUGGACCGAUGGCUCUCAAUCUCCCCUGAACCACGACUCCGACCUCCUGGUAGAAAGCAGGCACUACUUCUGCUGUUCCUCCUCUGGUGUGCUGCUUUACUAAUAUUCAUACCACUGCUGAUGGUAGCCACUGUGAGAAGGGAACCAGUUCCUAUCAUAUCGAAGGCGCUGAAAAAUAUAUCGAUAGAAACGAGAGACGUGCACUUCUGUACCGAAGAGUGGCCUGGAAUGGACAGAAAAAAACAGUUCGGCAUGCUGAGCUUCACACUCGUGUACGCCAUACCAGGUUCAAUAACAAUAAUGUCGUACGCGUGCAUGGGACGCACGCUCUGCUCGGUGCGGCCUCCCUUCGACAUCGACGAGGGUAAUGUCAGCAUGCAACAGGGUCUAAGACUGAUGAAGGAGAGGAAACGAGUGGCGUGGAUCCUACUGCUCCUGGCAGUGUUGUUCGCCAUGUGCUGGAUGCCAUACAACAUCAUGCAGCUGUUGUUAGACGUCAACCUGGUAAACGCUAAGGACCUAAGCAUGGUUCUCCCGUACGCACUGUUUAUGGGCCACGCCAACUCAGCGAUCAACCCAAUAGUAUACUGCUUGAUGACCAGAAACUUCCAGCGGUCGGCGCGCAAGUUGCUGUGUGGCCGCGGCGUGUGUCAGCAGACCAACUUCACGUGGCGCUGUGCUCAGAAACCUGAAGGUUCGUCAAGUGACUACGAGCUGUACCACGAACCACAUAAAAGGUGCUACUUACAGAUGCACAAUCUCCGCUACAACGGGCAUGCAUACAGCACGCACAUUCCCCGCGGCAUCGAGACGCGUGCGCAGACGACACAACUGAGUCACGUGACACGAUCCUCCCGCCGCACGGCGCCUGCACACGCCUUGUCAGUAGAAAUGCUGCAACGUCAUGGACUCAUUGACUUCAAACGUUAG